GUCGAGACCUCUGUUCUGAACUUGGGAGCCCCCAUCGCCUUCUCCCGGAGUGAGGCGCGCUGCAGAGGAGAAACCUUGGCCGUUUUCCUGGAGUUUCCACCAAGAUACCAUCUGCACGGCUUUGGCUGUGGACCCCAGCCUUCAGCCAGGUGCGUUACAGACAGAGGCCCCUCCCACCUUGCCAGUAGUGGCUUUUUGGGUCUGCGCCAACGUGGAGGACAUUUCAGGGUAAGACUAGGACAAGUGCCGAGAAGAUGAGUCUCAAGAUUGAUUUGGAAACAAACUUUGCUGAGUGUGUUUUAAAUGCAGGAAAAGUCAUCCUCGGGAAUAAGCAAAGGAGUGAAAUGUACCCUCAACUGCGGGAAGAACAGAAUGAAAUCAUCUUGCAUGCGAUAUGUGCCCUACUGAAUUCUGGUGGGGGAGUGGUCAAAGCUGAGAUUGAGAACAAAGAGUACAAUUAUGAAAUUCAUGGAGUAGGGUUGCAUCUACCAUCAAUUUUCAACGGCUAUUUAGAUGAGAUGCAGCAAGGAGACCUCUUUUUGAUUUUUGUGAAAUCAUGGAAUGCAGAGGCCUCUGGCGUACGGCUCGCUACCUUGUGCUCCAACUUGUACCACAGAUAUAGAACAUCUACUGACGUCAUGAGUUCUCACGAAGCGCUGGCGUUCCUCACAGAGAAGACUCGGACUGUCACGAAUAUUAAUGAUUCCAGUUUAAGUCCACGGAACGUUGGGGUUGGUGUCCAAAAUGAAGGUAACAUAAAGGCCUCAGCUGCUGCUCUGUUUGCUAGAGCUCACCUUCAGUACUUGGAAAAGCUCAACUUUACUACGUCCAAGCAUGUCGAAUUUAAAAUGUUCUCAACAGACGUGUCGCGAUGCUUUAAAGAGAGUCUCCCCAGCUGUGUUUCUGCAUUCGCAAACACUGAAGGAGGAUUUGUAUUUUUCGGUGUGCACGAUGAGACCCUUCAAGUCAUUGGAAGUAAAAAAGAGAGAAUGGAUCUUACGGCCUUGAAGGCUUCCAUUGAUCGCUGUAUUAAGAAAUUACCUGUCCACCACUUCUGUACACAGAGAAAUGAGAUAAAAUAUGCCGUCAAAUUCCUCGAAGUACACAAUCAGUGCGCCCUCCACGGAUAUGUCUGUGCGGUCAAAGUGGAACCGUUCUGCUGUGCAGUGUUUGCCAAAAUGCCUAGUUCCUGGCAGGUGAAGAACAAUUGUGUGAGACAGCUGAGCACAAAGGAAUGGGUGGCCUGGAUGACAGAAGCUGACCCAGAUCUGUCCGGGUUUUCUGAGAUGGUCCUUGCGCUGAGUUUGUCAUCCACCACACCCUGCAGCAGGAGCGUGUGCAUUCAUAAGAAUUUGGAAUGUCUGGAAGAACAGCAAAAACGUUACUUUCCAGUAUUUCCAGACAGAGUGUCAUAUAUUCCAGACACCCUCUACAAGGAGCUGAUCUCACAACAUAAAGGACUGAGAGACUUAAUCAAUAGAGAAAUGCGCUCUGUUUCUCGAGGAGUCUUGAUUUUUUCUCGCAGCUGGGCUGUGGACUUGGGUCUGCAAGAGAAGCAGGGAGUAAUCUGCGAUGCUCUUCUGCUUUCCCAGAACAACAUCCCACUCCUCUACACCAUCCUCGGUGAGUGGGAUGCGUGCUGGAAGGACUAUUCUAUGAGACUCGCCCGUUCCUUAAAGCUGAAGCUGGUGAACACAGGUGGCUACACUGGGAAACUGUGCAUCACUCCCUUGGUCUUCCUGUUGAAUCCUGACAGAACUGCAAAAACCCUUCAUGGUUCUGAUUUGCAAAUUUACCCCGAGUCCUACAACCUUAUGACCAUCCAGCACAUGGAAACUCUGUUACAGUCCCUUGUGAUAGUCCUGCUUGGCUUCAGAUCUUUCUUAAGUGAAGAGCUGGGCUCUGAGGUUUUGAACCUACUCACAGAUAAACAGUACGAGUUGCUUUCAAAGAACCUUCGCAAGACCAGAGAGCUGUUUGUUCAUGGCUUACCUGGAUCAGGGAAGACCAUCCUGGCUCUUAGGAUCAUGGAGAAGGUCAGGAAUGUGUUUCACUGUCAACCAGAUGACAUUCUCUACGUCUGUGAGAACCAGCCUCUGAGGAAGUUUGUGAGCGAGAAAAAUGUCUGCCAGGCAGUGACCCGGAAAACCUUCAUGAAAAAUAACUUUGAAAAGAUUCAACACAUCAUCAUUGAUGAAGCUCAGAAUUUCCGCACCGAAGACGGGGAUUGGUAUGAGAAGGCAAGAACCAUCACUCAGAGAGAAAAGGAUUGCCCAGGAAUUCUCUGGAUCUUUCUGGACUACUUUCAGACCAGCCACUUGAGUUGCAAUGGCCUCCCCCCUCUCUUAGACCAAGAUCCAAAAGAAGAGCUCACCAGAGUGGUCCGCAAUGCAGACCCAAUAGCCAACUACCUACAAGAAGUAAUGCAGGAGGUCAAAGAAAAACCUCCACCCAACAUCCCCGCUGGGUGCCUGGAGAUGGUCCAUGAAGCUCAGUGGGCUCAGGGUGUUCCAGGAAACUUCGAGAAUAUGGAGUGCUCAGACCUGGAGGAGAUGGUGGUCCGGGUAGCAGAGAAGUGCCAGUUUCUCUUGAGGAGUGGUUAUUCCCCCAAGGAUAUUGCUGUGCUUUUCAGCAAAGCAAGUGAAGUGGAAAAAUAUAAAGAUAAGCUUCUAAGAGCAAUGAGGAGGAGAAGAACGUCUCAGCUCGAUGAGGAAUCUGAUCUGGUAGUACGGAUCAAGGAUGCGUCAGACAUCACGGGCAAUCAUAUUGUGCUGGACAGUGUCCGUCGAUUUUCAGGCCUGGAAAGAAACAUUGUGUUUGGUAUUAAUCCAAGCGCAGCUGAGUCAGCCGUUUUCUACAAUCUUCUGCUCUGUCUGGCUUCCAGGGCAAAGAAACACCUGUAUAUUCUGAAGGUUUCUAUCUGACAGGAAGAUCUCAGUCUAAGAAACAAUUAGGUAGCUCUCAUCUCUAGUUAACUGUGAAACUAUUGGGUCUAACCAUUUAAUCAUCAAAUAUUUAAUGAGCACUCAUUGUGAGCCAUGUCCUCUUCUAGGUGCUGGGGGUUGGGGAUAGCAAACAAGACUGACUAAAUUCCUUCUUUGGGGUAGAGACAGAUCACAGACAAGUAAACAAAUACAGGAAAUUUUAGAUAGUAAUAGGGACAUCCGAGUAGUAAUUAGAGGCCCUGAGAUGCAGAGAUUGUGUGUGUGUGUGUGUGUGUGUGUGUGUGUAGGUAGGUAGAUAGGUAGAUAGAGGGAGGGGUUAUUCAGGGUGGUCAAGGAAGCUCUCAGUGAGGGAAGAAAUCAUGAGAAAAUCUUUGAGCCAAGAGUGCCAGGCAGACUCAGAUAGGUUCGUUAGUUUUAACACAGUCACAUCGCAAAAAUGCAUGGGUGUGAUGUCCUGGGAGAGGAUGAAGGGUGGAGAGCUGUAGAGUUUCUGGCCUUUUAUGGGCAAGAAUGGUUGUGACCUGUUUCAAAAUGUAAGAUCAAAUGGUGCAAAGUAUAAUUUUUUUGUAAGACCACAUUACAUUACUUUAUUGUUUUCCAUUUUUUUAUUUUAAUGGCAUUAGUAUUUUUGAUCACUAUGUUUUAAAAUACUUUAUGUGUGCCUUUUGGUUAUUUGGAAUCUUGGCUCUUUAAUUCUGCUUUAAUAUUAUUCCUGUGGAGAGUCUUAGGUUAUUAUACGAAGGUAAGCUUGCCACAGUCCCCCAGGGAGACAUAUUGCGUUUUGUUCACUAAUUUUAAAAUGAGGGGGUCCCCAAGAGGAUGAAUGUACUAGAUUCAAAGGUUACAUUUUGUUUUUCGUUUAAUUUAAUAACCAAUGAAAUGGUGAAGUAAAUCCACUCUUUGUUCUGCUGAGUCUUCAGAUUUCCUGGAGUCUCUCAAAGGCUAUUGCUGCACAAGCGCAAACUCCUUGUGUGUAAUAGGUCUCUCAGAAAUCCUCCCAGUAUGUAAACCCAACAAAUCUCUCUUUUCUGAGGGACAGAAACUAAAAAAAUUUUAAGAGUUAAUUCUCUCUUGAAUACAGGAAGACGCCGCUAUUCCCUAAGAAGAGGGAAAUUUAAAUCUCAUUGUAAGACGUAUGAAAUUGAACCUAGAAUUGAUUAUUUCUGGCCGCUGGUUACAAUAUCAGAACUUAACUUUUAAAAUUUUAAGACAUGCCCAUGGGAAAGCAUGGAAUUAAUCUAUUGUGAAAUGAUUUACAGCUAACUUGGAAUAUAUUGCAAAUCACUUACUCUAGGAUAGUAUAGAGAGAUUUAAAAUAAAAUGAUUAAUAUCAAAAUUGGCAAUUCAUUUAGUGCUCUAUUGUCAAUAAAAUGGAGGAAGGCAAGUGGACAGAGUUUGAUAUUUUCAACUUACUAACAAUUUUUCAUUCAGUACCUAUUUUCUGUAUCCAGGAGUCUGCACCUUGGUACAAAAUAUCAAUUGUCAAUGCUUUGUAUAGAAUUUUAGUGAAAAUUAAAAAAAAAUUGGCAAUUCUCAAUAAAGACCUGAAUGAAUCCAGAUCAUAGACUUUCCCUUUCCCAAAACCUAAAAGAAUACGCAAAAUUAGUAAAACUACAGCCACAAGUUUAUCAGUAAGAAUGGAGCCCAACCUCAUGCCAUAAACAUCCUAUAGAUGUAUUUGGACGUAAAAAAUAGAAUAACAAAGAUUUAUAUAAAGGCAUAGCUACUGUCUCACCUGCCCAAAGCAGUACUGAGUAAAGCAGGUUCAUGAAAGAAGGAAAACCAGAAUUCUCAUGAAUAUGAUAAAUUUGAAGAGUGGCAGCUGAGGCAUUGAAUAGGCAGCUCAGGGGAACAACAUUAGGGGACCCUCAAGAGUAGAAGCCCCUGAUUUUCCCUGAGGACUUUCUAUAGGGCUAGGAAGUAUUUUCUAGGGUUUCAUGUGACUUCAAUAAAGGAGGCAAAGCACAUAGGAAUAAGGUAGAGCUCCCCACUACAGUGGAGUUAAUGGAAUCUCAUAGGCAACGAUCAAGAGCACAAGCCAGGUUAACAGCGAGGGCUUCAAAUAACGAGAACAGACCAGGCUACAGAAAAGUAGAUGGAAGACGCCAUCCAGGUCUCCACCUAUACAUUGGAAAGGAAGACAAACAAGCUCUACUUUAUAAAAGGAAGUUGUCAAAGAGAGUCCUCUCAUACCAUCUUAAAGCACAUGGAAAGACUAUACUGAGCUGCUCUUAUUAAGCAUUAGAAAGAUAAAUGGCAUGAUAACUAGGCAGAAAGAUAACAGGGAAAAAUGUGAAAAAGAAACCUGCUAUGAACCAGAUGAAGAACCUAUCCUGAAAGGAAGGAUAACUCCAGGGACAAAAGUAAACUCCCACAUGUCUCAUGGUACAGAAGAAUUUGAAAAGUCCAUAAAUUCAAUAAAACAAGAGUUGAAAGACAAAAUGAUAAAGCAGCCAAAAGAGUUGAAGAAGGGUAUCGCUAAGGAAACAGAUUGUGAAAUGUUACAGAAGAAAAUAAGUUAGAAGCAACCAGAAAUUGAAGACCCAAUUCCCAAUAGCCUAUUGCUAUUUUUUUCUAUUUCCCCAUCUAUAUUCUUUAUUUCCCCUUUUCCUUUUUUCUGCAUCCUUUUGAUUUACUUCUGCAUCUUUUAAUGAUUACAUUUUAUCUCCUUUACUGGCUUAUUAGUUGUAACUCUUUGUUUUGCUAUCUUAGUGGUAGCUCGACGGUUUAUGGUAUAUGUAUGUAACCUUAUCACAGUCUAUCUUCAAGUGAUAUUUACCAUUUCAUGUAUCAUAUAAGGUCCUUAGAAAAGUAUUCUUCCAUUUCUCCUUUUCAAGACUUUGUGCUAUUGUUGAGAUACAUUUUACUUCAAUAUAUGUUAUAAAUCCCCUAAUAUGUUGAUAUUAUUUUUGCUUUAAACAGCCACUUAUCUUUUAAAGAGGUUUAAAUAAUAUGAAGAAAAUUCUUUAUCCUUACCUAUGCAGUUACCAUUUCUGGUGAUUUUUAUUCCUUUGUGUAAAUCUGGAUUUUCAUCUUGCAUCAUUUUCCUACUGUUCAAAGGAAUUUCUUUAACACUUCUUAUCGUGUAGGUCUGCUGAUGAUUAAGUUGUUCAGAUUUUGAAAAUCUGAAAUUAUGAAAAAAGUCUUUAUUUCACUUCUUUUUUUUUCUGAAGAGGAGGAUUGGCCUUGAGCUGACAUCUGUUGCCAAUCUUCCUCUUUCUGCUUGAGGAAGAUUGUC